CUUUGAAUCAUUUUCAAAUUUCUGUUUGUUUUUAGACAUGCGACUGACUUUGGUUUAACAUCUCGGGGGUUGUUCGUUCUGGAUAUGUCUUCCUUCAUCUCAUAUGAACUCUGUGUACACGAAUUGUCACUCCGUACACCACAAGUCCUCCUGUCACUUCCUUCUUUCUUGCUGUCGUUUUGUGAUUCAGCAUUUCUGGAAUUAAAGGUUCUAUAAAAACAUUCUUUGCUAAAAAUAGUAGAAUACUUUCUUUCUGAACCUCCAAAGUAAUUCCAUUUGCGCCUUGCUUUUCUUGACGUUCCAUCUCAUUCGUUGCUAUUUUUUCAUUUCUAAAAUAUUUCCCAAGGUUUCCUCAUUACAAUCUUGCUUAAACGAUGUUGCCUGAAGAUGCUGCUUUAGACUUACUUCGACGUUUAAAUCCUAAAGACAUUUCAAAAAACUUGGAUGCCAUUCUAGCUGUAGCCCCCGAUUUGGCUGAUGUUCUUCUUUCUUCCGUGGAUCAGCCCUUGCAAGUUAGCAACUGCUCUGAGUCAGGCAACCAAUAUCUACUUUGUGAUUUUAACCGUGAUGGUGAUUCCUAUCGUUCACCCUGGACCAACAAAUAUGAUCCUCCCUUAGAGGAUGGCCUGGUCUCUAGCGAUCGUGUGAGAAAGCUGGAGUCGGCUCUCAAUGAAGCUAUGCGCGUCUACCUAGAUUUAUACUAUGAAGGUGGUGUUAGUAGCGUUUACCUCUGGGACCAAGAUGAUUCCUAUGCUGGCGCCGUACUCAUUAAAAAAGCUUCCAGCUCUGGUAGCUGCGGUUGGGAUUCUAUUCAUGUCUUUGAGUGUCUACCCACUUCGGAAACCGAUGUAUUUGACUAUCGUUUAACUAGUACUAUUAUCCUUUACCUGGGAUCUGACCAACAGUCGUCUCUUGUCUCUGGAGCCUUAAGCCUAUCUGGUCAUUUGACUCGCCAAACUUCCCAGCGCAUGCCCGCAAGUGACCAGGACGGUGAAGUCAGUAACAUUGGUCGUCUAGUCGAAGAAAUGGAAACCCGUAUGCGCAAUUUCCUUCAAGAAGUUUAUUUUGAUAAAACCAGAGACAUUAUUAAUCAAACUCGCUCUAUACAACCUAUCUCCGAAAAUCCCGACAAAAUGGCUCUUCGUUCUGUUUUGAAGAAUCUGUCUAACUGAUUUUUCUAUGAAUCAUUUUAACUUCUCUUAUUUUUUGCUACCGUACAAGACUGUUCAUUUACUUCCAUACAAAUUAGGCUUCCUGGUCUUUCUUAGUUGCGAAUAACUGACAUUUUAUGAAGAUAUAAACAAGACAAAAUUGAAUAAUAAUAUACGUUUAUAUGAAAUAAUUAUCAUUGAGAGAAAAAAAAAAAAAAAAAAAAAAGGAAAGCUAGAAAGCGUGAAUCAUGACUAAGACAUACAUUAGCGGUCUUCUAUGAAGAAACUUCAGGAAGAAUAAUUAAAGAAAAAACCAAAGCUUUUAAUAAAUA